GAUAGAGAGGGCAAAAUGAGCUAUGAAAUUGUACGUGUGCAGAAAGGUUUCUUAAAGUGUCCUAUUUGUCUGGAAAAUUGGAUAAAUAAGGAGAAUAUUCAACUUUCAUGUCAACACACCUUUUGUUUGGCUUGUUGGAAAAUUGUAUCUAAACUUACUCAUAACUGUCCAGUAUGUAGGGAGCCAUUCAACCCUAAGAAUACGCAACGAUCUAAUUUACUUAGCAAUAAUGUGGUCUCGAAUUUUUCAAAAUGCUCCAAGCAUAAUCGACAGCUUCUACCAGUUAUUAUAUGCGUAAAAUGUAAAAAGAAAGACCUGUGCAGCUUGUGUGUAAGGGAUCAUGCGAAAUGUCCUUUCGAAGAUUUAACUAUUUAUAAUUGUCGUCGGGAAAAGAUUAUGUCAAUGAUAAAAAUUCUAAAGCAACAAGAAGCUAUAAUUUUAAAUAAGGAUAAAAUGGAUACUUUAGAUAAAAUGGAAUCGAAUUUAAGUAAUGAUUUUACUGACCUUGAUUCAAUAUCUGAAAAAUUUCACAGCUUUAUUUCUGUUUUAAGUUGUGAUCAAAAUUUUCCAGCAAAUUUUGCAAUUCAUUUAAAGCAUUGCUAUCUAGAGGAUAAGCUGGUAACGAAAAAUUUUAAACAACAAACAUAUUGCGAUAUCAAAGGUCCGUUUGUAUUAACAUUGAAAGGUUUACUCGAGCUUGAUAGAUCUUCUGGUAAUACUCUUAACUUGAUGAAAGAAGAUGAAGUAAUAUCGAAAAUAUCUUUAAAUCAAGAUAUUGUUAGUUUCGAUAAAACGGAACAUUAUACUUUUGCUAUUCACAGAAACAAAUCUCUAGUUAUGUCAAGCUGUAUGGAAAAUGAUGAAAUCCAAUUUUUCACUCUAUCCAAUGCAGAGAAGGCACUUAAACUAUCCGCCUUUGAAGAUAAGAAUGGAAAUAUUUAUGUUUUAUUGAGAAACAUAAAUAAAACUUAUAGCUAUUUCGUUAAUAAGGAUUUCCAAUGGAAUAUUAAACUAGAAGAUGCAUUAGAUGAUCAAAUUCUUCAAUUUCAGAAUUACAAGAUAAGGCACGCUUGUAUACUUACCAAUGGAAAUGUGAUUUUUAUUACCAAAUCAAGGUUAAUAUCGAUAGAUAAGAAAAAUGUUGAUAAGAAGAAUGAAAGAAGUAUUAAAAUUAACAAAAAUGCAUGCGUAACAGCUGUACCACUUGUGGGUUUUAUUCUUCAUCUAAGUAAUUCCACUAAGAUAAGCUAUUACGAUACCAGUUUAAAACAUUUACAAGAUGUGGAUUUUGGAAUUUCAUUCGAUUUGAUAACAAUAGGCCUUUGUGGAGAGUACCUUAUUGAAUCAUUUGGCUCUAAAAAACAUAAAUUAACUGUUUAUCAAAAAUAA